CCUACUAGCCCACACAUAUCCGCGACGCCGAUGCCCCAAAUGGCGUCUCCUCUCCUCCUCCUCCUCCUCCUCCUCCCUCUCGCCGCCGCCACCGCACCGUGCGCCCAUCCGGCCUACCCGAGCCAGCCGGCGUCGUGCGCCGCGGAGCCCGCGCUGGCGCCGGAGCGCCGGGAGACGCACGGCGGGGGCCGCAUCCUGGACAUCACCCACUACUACCGGGAGGACAUGCCCUCGUGGGAGUCCAGCGCCGGGGUGGGCCAGUUCCUGUGGCUGCCCGCCUCCAUGCGCAACGGCUCCCUCGCCAACAACUCCGAGAUGCGGAUGCCCACCCACACCGGCACCCACGUCGACGCCCCCGGCCACGUCUUCCAGCACUACUUCGACGCUGGCUUCGACGUCGACACCCUCGACCUCGACGUCCUCAACGGUCCUGCACUGCUGGUUGAUGUUCCAAGGGAUCAAAAUAUUACUGCUAAAACGAUGGAAUCUUUACAUAUUCCUAAAGGAGUUCAACGGGUACUUUUCAGAACAUUAAACACUGACAGGAACCUAAUGUGGAAGAAAGAGUUUGACACAAGCUAUGUAGGUUUUAUGAAAGAUGGUGCCCAAUGGUUGGUAGACAACACGGAUAUUAAGCUUGUCGGAAUAGACUAUUUGUCCGUUGCAGCUUUCGAUGACCUGAUCCCUUCACAUUUAGUUUUUCUCGAAAACCGGGAUGUCAUUCUUGUGGAGGGCCUCAAACUGGAGAAUGUCAAACCUGGGAUAUACUCGUUGCAUUGCCUGCCACUUCGGUUGCGUGGAGCGGAAGGUUCGCCGAUCAGAUGCAUCCUUAUAAAGUGAAGACACUUGUAUCCCGCUGCGAUUUAGUUUUAUACCGCAAGCACUCUUAUAAACUAGACUAGAGAUGUGUACAAAACCCCAUCUUUGAUAGCGGACGAGUAUUGUAAAUGUCUCCACAAACAUGGUGGCACUUUGACGCUUAGUAAGGAGCGACAAACGACUAGGGGUGCAAAUGUGUAACCUCUAGGGUGCCCUCCGAACCUUUAGUUUGGGCUAUAGAAGGGAGGGAUUACAAAUCGCUAUGUUCGGUGGUACACCAAAAUACCAAAUGAAUCAUGCUACAUUGAAGAGUGUAGUUGGGUGAUCA